AUGAGGUCGAAAUUCAAGGACGAGCAUCCCUUUGAGAAGCGUAAGGCUGAGGCUGAAAGAAUUAGACAGAAAUACCCUGAUAGAAUUCCGGUUAUCUGUGAAAAAGUCGAAAAAUCUGACAUUGCAACAAUUGACAAAAAGAAAUAUCUUGUUCCAGCUGAUCUCACAGUUGGGCAAUUUGUUUAUGUGAUCCGUAAGCGAAUUAAAUUAAGCCCUGAAAAGGCAAUCUUUAUCUUCGUAGACGAAGUCCUACCUCCCACUGCUGCUCUUAUGUCGAGUAUUUAUGAUGAACGCAAGGAUGAAGAUGGCUUCCUAUAUAUAACGUAA